GGGCAGUUGGUCCAGCCAGGACUCAAGGCAUCAUCGGCUGAUUCUACACCCCUUCUCCACCAAGGUAACGCUGACCCCGCUGACUCCGAGCCGUUCUCCUCGGCAGGAUGAGAGUGACAGGUCUGGUUCGCGUUGUGGCCUUCGUCUUCACCAUGGUUGCCAUGUGGGUCUUUCUCCGCAGCUACGUCAGCAUCAACAGGAAAACCAUCCGUCUGCCGCGCUGGCUGGCAGGCGUGCCCCCCAAGGAGAUCCGGGUCCCGAACACCAAGUGUGGGCUCAGCAAGCCCUGCCUAGACAAUUUCUUCGCAUUUAAACUCAGCACUGGGGCUGCCAACGUCGUGGGCCCCUCCAUGUGCUUUGAAAAUGAAAUUAUCAUGAGUCCAGUGAGAAACAACGUGGGCAGAGGCCUGAAUAUUGCGCUGGUGAACGGAUCUACAGGACAGGUGACGGAAAAGGGCAGCUUUGACAUGUACUCUGGAGAACCCAAACUCCUGAUAGAGUUCCUUGAAAAAAUUCCAGAUAGCACGCUGGUGCUGGUAGCCUCCUAUGAUGACCCAGGUACCAAAAUGAAUGACAAAAUCAGGACGCUCUUCUCCAACCUGGGGAGUUCCUACGCAAAUCAGCUGGGCUUCCGGGACAGCUGGGUCUUCUUAGGUGCCAAAGACCUCAAGGAUAAAAGCCCAUAUGAGCAGUUCUUAAAAAACAACCCAGAAACAAACAAAUAUGAAGGUUGGCCGGAGUUACUAGAGCUGGAGGGCUGUGUGCCACGGAAGGUGUUUUAGAGUGGCCAUGGCCGGAAAGACAUGCCCAACUGAACUUGAGAGCCGUGCUCAAGGUUGCUGGAUCUGUGCUGAUGGGAGCUGACCAGGAAGAAGAAGGGAGAAGCCAUAUGAGAUGCGCUGACUAUCCCACACACAAUGUGACUCACUUCUCUGAGGAAACAACAGCUUCCCACGCCCCACAGUGACCAGCCUGGGGAUGGGCAGCCACACGGGGC